AUGUUGAAGAAGGCAGGCAAAGAUGGUCAGGAGAAAGUUCCCCUCGUCCCACUUCUUCGACAAACUUCACCGGCUGAAAAGACCACUACACCGGUGUGCCUGCGGCAGUCACAGAAGGCAUCAAAUUCUUCUACAUCCAUUAGCAAAAUUCCCGGUGCUCCAGUCGAUUUUACCGCGACCACCACAGCCACUACGGCUGCUGUUGCUUCACCUGGAUCCAGCUCCACCAGCACCAGCACUAACACCGCCAGCGCCGUAACUUCCUCUUUAGCGUUUUCCUCGGGUAGUCUCCUAACCCUCACGCGAUCAGAGAGUUGUCUAAACCCGUCUCAGUCAAGAGGCUCCAGCUCCUCCGCUUCUGUCACUUCGCCCACGGUGCCGAAGAACUCUUCCCUAGUCGAUACUCACCAAACACCACCUCCGCCCCCGCCCCCACCUCCACCGCCACCCCCAUCACAAACCAUAAGUACAAUGCAGCAGUUCCCGCAAACCUCAAGUACUGCUUCAGCUACGUCGAUCAUCUGCUCCACCCCAACACGUCGAAGACAUCGAACAACAUUUAGUCAGGAGCAAUUGGAUGAAUUAGAAUCGGCUUUCCGCAGAUCCCACUACCCGGAUAUUUACUGUCGUGAAGAUCUGGCUAAGACAACGAAAUUACAGGAGGCUCGAAUUCAGGUGUGGUUCCAGAACCGUCGUGCAAAGCAUCGCAAACAGGAGAAGCAGCAACGAGCUCAACAACAGCAGCAACAACAGGCACAUGCUUUGGCGCUGCAGCAGCAGCAGCAGCAGCAACAUCAUACUCAUCAACACCACCAUCAGCAGCAGCAACAACAACAACAGCAGGCGGUUCAACAUUCGUUUUCCACGCCCGGCUACCACCAGCUCGGUGCGGUGUUGGAGACACAGGUGGGCAUGUACCGCUCAGCUGCGACGGCAUACACUGCCCAAACCCCUUCGGCCAUAUAUCCUUUCACAUACACUCAGACUGCAAACUUCGUUGAGCCCCUUCCUGCAGCCUCUCUCUUCGGUAAUCUCGACAGAAAAAUUGAGAGCGUUGAGGAGGGCAAUGGAAAACGCGACUCAUCCUCUGCAGCAACAGGAGAACAACAGACAUCCUCUCCAAAGGAAGCGAUGAUCAUCAAAAAGGAGAGCAUUCUCCUCGAAAGCGGUCCUGUCGGACAUUUGGAUACUGGAGAGGAGGAAGGCGGUGAUGUAGGAGGUGGAAGUGAAGAGGAAGAAGAUGAUGAUGAAGACGACGAGGAAGACGAGGAGGGUGAGCCCACUUCGCCGAAGGUGGCCAGGUUGGAGAACUGGUCACCCACGGAUGAUAAGACGGACAGCGGUAUGGGAGAGGUAAAACCCGUGACCGCUCCCCUCCCUCCGCAAUCUGAGGUCCCCGCUUACAUGCCGUCUUCUCAGUGUUUUUCAUCGAGUAACCUCACUGAGAUUCCCACAGCUCAAAUGAUAUCCUAUCAAAUUUAUGGACAAUUUCCCCCCCAAUACCAUCCACAUAUGGCACCGCCACCACCUCCACCCUCCCAUGGGCCCGGACAUCACUCAAUCUACACUUCUCUGGCUAGUGACACCACCGAGAUAGCUAAUGACGUCAGUAAUACCGCUGUCAUUCAGUUUCCACCCCCUCUCAGUAUUGAGAACUCAAUCACGUCUGUAAAAGGCCAGACCAUCUCGGCCAUGGCAAGUCAAUGGCAAAAUGUGACGACGGCCGAUCCAGCUGAGUGGUUUCUGCAUACCAACGGGACAGCGAUGCCUAUCCAAACUGCUGCAGCGGUGGCCUACGGAACGCCCAUGGGCAAUGCGUUUCUACACCCUCACAUAUGA